GAGGCGGAGGUGAUUUGCGCGGCAAAAACAUAAUUCGCGUGUAAGCACACAUUUUUUGUAUAAAUUGGUGUGACAAUUGGUGGAAGAGCAUCAGUUCCAACGGUUUCUUUGUACAGCAAAGAAGUCUCCUCCUUUUCAAACAGACCACAACUCAACGGAACGAAAUGAAACUCUUCGUUGUAGCCACUCUUGCGUUGGUCGCCAUUGCUUCAGCUGAUGUCAGCCAUUUGUCGAGAUCAUACCUGCCACCUAGUCAUGGCGGACACAGUCACGGACACGGUCACGGACACAGCCAUGGUCCCGCACCGGCUCCAAUAACUGAAUAUUUGCCACCCUCUUCCAAUUAUGGUGGUCCAUCCUACUCUUCGGGUGGUGCUGGCGGCUCUUACUCCUCAGGCGGUGCUGGGGGUUCAUACUCCUCAGGCGGUGCUGGAGGUUCAUACUCUUCAGGCGGUGCUGCUGGUCCAUCCAACGAAUACUUGCCACCUGUACAAAGCUACUCACCACCUGCUCCAGUCUACUCGGCUCCAGCUCCAGCUCCAGUAUACUCUGCCCCAGCUCCAGCUCCAGUCUACUCUGCUCCAUCACCUGCUCCAGUCUACUCUGCUCCUGCCCCAGCUCCAGUAUACUCAGCUCCCGCUCCAGCUCCAGUCUACUCUGGUCCAUCAUAUUCUUCAGGCGGUAGCGGAGGCGGAUUCUCGAGCGGCGGUGCUGGCGGUUUCUCAAGCGGGGGUGCCGGUGGUGCUGGAGGUUACUCAUAUGGUGGAGCCAGCGGUGCUGGCAGUUACUCCAGCGGCGGUGCCGGUGGUUACUCAAGCGGAGGUGCUGGCGGUUACUCAAGCGGCGGUGCCGGUGGUUACUCAAGCGGCGGUGCUGGUGCCAGCGGUGCUGGCAGUUACUCCAGCGGCGGUGCUGGUGGUUACUCCAGCGGCGGUGCUGGCGGUUACUCUAGCGGCGGUGCUGGCGGUUACUCUAGCGGCGGUGCCGGUGGUUACUCUAGCGGUGGUGCUGGCGGUUAUUCCAGCGGCGGUGCUGGUGGUGCCGGUGGCUCUUACUAUAGCGGCGGUGCUGGCGGUUACUCUAGCGGUCGUCCUUCUGGCCCCUCAUACUCUGGCGGCAGUGCUGGCACCCAGUAUGGCUCCAACGGUGGCUACAUCUACAGAAAAAAGUAAAUCGCUUGGAACUGCGAUUCGUCGAAUCGUUUUUGUAAAUAGAAUACCUUGGCAAUAUUUUGUUUAUUGUUGAAUUGCCCUAGGUAUAUCAUCCUUAAACCAUGAAAACACUUUGUACUACCUCAUUCACCUUGAAUAGCAUAAAUAGUGUAGAUAGUUUUUG